GAAUCUAAGUUUUGAUUUGUGAUCAUCAUCAGAAAGAGAAGAAAAACAAAAUAAAAAAAGUAGAUACAAUGAGUGAUUGGGAAGAAGUAAAGCGUUUAGCUGCUGACUUUCAGAGAGCACAGCUCAGUAGUACAUCUCAUAAGUUAUCCGAGAGAAAUUGUGUGGAACUUAUUCAAAAACUUAUCAACCUUGGGCUUAUUGAGGUGAUCUAUACCACAGAUGGUAGAGAGUAUCUCACACCUGCUGAACUGGAAAAAGAAAUUAGAGAGGAAUUGUUUGUUGAAGGAGGGCGAAUAAAUCUUGUUGACCUACAACAGGUCAUCAAUGUGGAUCUUAGCCACAUUGAAAAUAAAGUUGCAGAACUUAUCAAAACAGAUCGAAGUCUUGUCUUAGUACAAGGAGAACUCAUUGAAAAACAACAUUUGGAUCACAUAGCAGAAGAAAUUAAUGAAAAACUCCAGGAGUCUGGGCUUGUGUCAAUAGGUGAACUAGCAAAGACAUUUGGUUUUACAACAGAUUUUAUGCUUGAGACCAUAGAAGACCGUCUUGGUUCCAUAAUACAUGGCAAGCUUGAUCGUCUUGAGAGAGGAGUGCUGUUUACUGAUGCAUUUAUUGCGAGACAUACGUCUCGAAUCCGUGGUGUUCUCAGCGCUAUCACCAGGCCCACCUCGCUUUCCAGUCUCAUUAUUCAGUAUGAUUUUCAGGAGAAACUUUUUAACACGGUAAUCAACGACCUUAUUAAACAAGGCAGAUUAAGCGGUACUAUUCAAGGUCGACAAGACAAAGCAAAUUUUAUUCCGGAUAUUUAUUCAAAGACCCAGAAUGAUUGGGUUGAUGCGUUCUAUCAACAGAAUGGUUAUCUUGAAUACGAUAAUUUGUCGAGACUUGGCAUAACAGACGUACAAGGAUAUUUAAAGCGUCGUUUCAAAACCAAGUCAAAUGUGUAUUUGAAGACAUGCUGUGCUGGACCUUUGGUGGUUGGUAACCUCGAGGCUGCUGUAGAUGAAGCCUUAUCGUCUGGGACUUGGCUUGAUGUCAUGACCGUACUUCCGUCGCCAUUCUUGCCAGAUGAUGCAGCUCAGUUGCUUGAAAAAUGCUUGAACAGUUCUGGUCGCACUUCUGCGCAUGUCUUCUGUGGUUCUAUAGUCGCAAGUGAAACCUUCAUCGAACAGUGCGUCAAACCGUUUGAAAAAAUAAUGCAGGAAAAGGCAGAAAAGGAUGCAGUUACUUCUCCUGCAUUACUGGCUGAUCUAUCAAAAAAAGACCUCCACGAUCUUGACGUCAAAUCAUCAAAACAAGACAAGAAAGAAGAGCGUCGAGCGAAAGCCUCGAUUGGAGGAGGAAGUAAAGGUGGAGGUGGAAGAGGAGCGAGGGAGGUCAAAACAAAAAAGAAAGACAAGAGCAAACUGAAAGCUGAAAAACAAACUGAGGAGGAGGAAACAAAACCUUCAAAUCAAGAACUGCAGUUCAUGACACAGGAAGAGAUAGGAACGGUUCUAACGGAACAUCUUAAUGAAACUCCUGAAGAACUAGUUGAUGAGCUGUCUGAGUAUUUACACAGACCGUUAAUGAGGAAGUAUCAAGAGGUCGCUCGAACAGUCUUUCUGACAUCAGGAGAUCAAAAACGAAAACUUCAUGUAGAGCUUCAAGAUAAAGUCACUGGAUUAUACACAAAUAUUCGUCUCUUUCAGAAAGGGGUGGAAAAGCUACCAGAUGAUGUUCAACCUAUGAUUUCACGUCAUCUUCUCAAAACGUUGUGUACUGAUAUGGCAAAUUUAGCCAUCAAUUGCCUAGCCGCUGACCAAAUGAUGGCAGUAUCUGAUCCAAGCACAUUAACAAACGAGACAAGGUUGAAAAUAAUUUCGAAGUUACCUGAGAAAAAUAGAAAUGUUUUGGGCAAAUUGACAUCAUCAUUAAAUGGAAAAGAUUUGGAAGAAUUUUUAACUCAGUUUGAUGUGGUUAGCGGUCCGGGAUAUUGUGAAAUACUUGUGAAGAAACUCGACAAGAAGAGAGAAAGGAGUCUUCUCGCGGAACAUCGUCAAAACUUAAUGGAGCAGUUGAGACAAGAAACUGAGCCAGCGAUGGGCUUACAUCUUGCAGCGGUUAUACUAUUUCAACAGCACACUGGUUGCAUGAUACACAUCCCGGGUAAAUGUGUGCCACAUAUCAUUACGUAUUUGGCAGAGCAUAUGUCACCUGAUGAUCACGUGAAGUUGACACAGUAUCAAGGUUUGGUAGUUAAACAUUUGACAAAGGGUGGGGAGGUUGUGGAGAAAGGUGUUGAAAACGGCGAGAAAAGUGUGGAAGUUUUGUUGGAAGAGGGACUAAAUGAAGUAAAAAGUAUUGCUUUGAGAAACAAAAAGCCGGAUAACGCUCUAUCGGGAGAGAGAACAAGCAAUGGAAAAUCUUCAUAGUUUGUUCUUUUUAGGGUUUUAUUCCAUUUAAAUAACUUUCAAUAUAAACUAACGUUUAUAGCGAACAAUUAAACAAUUAGGCCACGUCACUCAAGUCGUAUGAAAGCCAGCUAUAUACGACGAAAAGAAAUGUUACAUCAAUUUUAUAAUGUACUACUAAAUUCUACAGAAAUUACUAUCACUAAACAAAGAUUUUAACCAAUUCAACAAUGAUUGCAUUUAUUCCCAGUUAAUUCAAAUUCUGUAUGUAAGCUUCUGUUGUGCUCUUCGCGCUUGGAUUUUCUGGUUAUAUAUGCAGCUUAACCGUAAGCCGUAUAAGAUUGUUCUCAGUUAUUUUAUCAUUGCGUUUAUAAAAAUAGAAAUAGCUUCCUGUUUAACAUUUAAUAAAUCACUCAGAGACAACAUGGAUUACCCCAUAAUUAUCCUUCACCAAAUUACGUCAGCCCUCUAAUUUAAAAUUUGCCAGCCAUGUUAAUAUUUAAAAAAAGCAGACUAGAUAAGUCCUAUGAUUUAUUUGACUUAUUUGUAUGAUUAGUCAAUUCAGGGCUUUCGUGUUUUUUAUGCAUAAGAACACACCAAUGACCAUUAAUUAUCCACGCAAGUCAACAAGGCAUUGAGUUUGAUUCUGUGUAUGUUUUACGAUUUCCACUGCAUGACGCACAUUCCUCACGUACAGCUGCAUAUAAACUCAAGUAUAGUGGUUAAACCAUUUAAAUGCAUGAUGCGUUGAAGAGCAUGUAUGGGGUUUGAAGUAUUGUAGAUGAAUAAGUGAUUUAGAGUGUUUUGGCUUACGUGCAUACAGAGGCGUAGGAAU